CGGUGGCAGCGCGACCGCCCCUACGGCGCCAUCCAUCCCUUCGCGUCGCUGCCCUUCUCCCACGGCACCAGGAUGUGCAUCGGCAAGCGUCUGGCCGAGCAGGAGAUAUACACCUUCCUCAUCAGGAUGCUGCAGAAGUACACGUUGACGUUCGAGUCUGACGAGGAGAUGGAGGUGAAGACGCAGCUCGUCCUCAAGCCCGCCACUCAGCUCGCCUUCAAGUUCCACCCGAGGAAGUGAUAAAAUGGUUAUAUACCGCGUUUCUGCGUUUAUUUGGCCGUAGGCCUGUCGCCUAUUCUUAACAUUGUAGAACAUUCAAAGCUUGUUGCAGGCUUGAACUCGAAACUCACUGCUUCA